CUUUAGACAUUUCUACAUUACUCAAUUGGUUAUGAACUGAGUUUGUAGACACUGAUGAGGCGACGUUGACAUUAUCUAUGGACACGACUGACAGUAUAUUUCUGUAAUCUAUGGAUGGAACCAUUAAUAAGAUUAAGUGACGUUUGUAUGACAUAUACAGCAGUAAAAAUUCAUUUCUGACAAUUUUAACUAGAUAAUUUUAGAUAAAAAUGUGGUUUAGAAAAAGUACAGACAUCAUGACGUUGACUUAAGGAAAACCUCGGAUUUAUGUCGAUUUUAAAGCUUCUAAUUUACACAGCACUAUGCCAAAGUGCGAUGUAAAAACAAGAUAUAUACCCGCUGCGUUUGCCUGGACCUUGCUUUUAGGUGCUACAACACUUUUCUUCUAUUUUCCAGCUCAGUAUUAUAUAUUUCGAUACCCAUGGGUACCAGCAUAUCAAGGUGUGAUCACAUUCUUUGUUCUUGCAAAUUUUACUUUGGCGACGUUUAUGGACCCAGGAGUGAUUCCGAAAGCUCCACCAGAUGAGGACCGUGAAGACGAUUUUAGGGCACCUUUAUAUAAAAAUGUAGAUAUUAAUGGAAUAACUGUGCGUAUGAAAUGGUGUGUAACUUGUAAAUUUUAUCGACCACCUCGAUGUUCACAUUGUAGCGUGUGUAAUCAUUGUAUAGAGACUUUCGAUCAUCACUGUCCAUGGGUUAAUAAUUGCAUAGGAAGGAGAAACUACAGAUUUUUCUUUUUCUUUCUAAUAUCACUAAGUCUACACAUGAUAAGCAUUUUUACAUUAAGCUUAAUAUUUGUUCUCCAAAAUAAGGAUAGACUUUCAGAAGUACAGCCAAUUGUUGCUAUGGUGUUGAUAGUAAUAGUUACAAUUUUAGCAAUUCCUAUUUUUGGUUUAACUGGCUUUCACAUGGUGUUGGUAUCAAGAGGCAGAACAACAAAUGAACAAGUCACCGGCAAAUUCAAAGGGGGCCACAAUCCAUUUUCAAGAGGUUGUUGGGAUAACUGUUGUUACAGCCAGUGUGGACCUCAAUAUCCUAGUCUAAUUCGACCGAAUAAAUUCAUUGUUAAACGAAAGCACUGUUCCCAUGGCCCCAUAGCCACCAUAACAAAUGAUAAUCAAGUAAAAACUUACAUGGACAACAGUAACGGGAUUCGAAGUGCCAAUUCCAAUGCCUAUAACAAGUUAUCACCUGGACGAGACGGUUCCGAUCCGGACAUGGAACCGUCGGCGUCCCAGUCCCAAGACUGCGAACCUACACCUCCCCUCCAACGACACGGUUCCAAGAGUAAUUUUUUUCUACCGCAAUCAUCGAUGGAUGGGACGGAAUCGCCGAGACACCCACGACAUUAUCCACGCUGUAGUCCUCAUCCGCGUCCCCGAGGAUUUGACGGAAUGCGCGGGGCUACUCCUGAAACAAUCGCCAGCCAACGUCCCUCCCCAACGAUGCAGCAACGCAUCAAAGCUCUCGGUGUUCCCACCCCACUUGCUCUGUCAUCUAGUCCCGUACGAAGAUCUAACCCCAGCACUCCCACGCAGCCUCGCAGACCCGAUUUCAUCAGCGUGAGCGGCGGUAAUCCUACGAGCCACAUCAUUCAACAGCAGCAUUGCGACUUCUCGUCGUAUCAAUCGAACCAUCAGCAGCAACAACAGCAACAUCAUCAAACGACUUAUGGAGGAAGUCCGCAGCGUAGAUUUAUGUCAGAGGGCGAGCUGGUCCGUCAAGAAUCACAGCUAUCCUAUCCUCGUGCUAACAAUACUGUUGACAACAUAAGGGAAUUAGCCAACUCACCUCAACGAGGAAUUUACAUGUGGAAGGACAUGUCGCCAGGAUAUACUAAUGGACAGAGUGUAAUACAAAAUCAUGAGUUUUACCGAUCCAAUCCGACUAGUCCUACACAACAACAACAACAGCAGCAGCAGCAACAGCAACAGCACUCUAGGGCGUAUCAUCCCGCAGUGAGGGGUGGAAUCCCCGUUUAUCCGCCGCAGAGUCCUCAAAUUCAUAGGAAAGCCGUGCAGGGCGUAAGUGGAAAUAGUACCGGACAAAAUGUGGCGACUGCGGUCCGUAGACCGAUGUCGUUCGUGCGCGCACUCGAAAUGUCUGAUUCGGUCGACUUAAAUGUAGCCUCAAAUACGGUCAGCGGUGGACAACAUGUGAACGUCGUUAGGUCAACUACUCCGGAUCGCACGAGCGUCUAUGACAUGAACUACGAAAUUUCAGUUUGAAUCGAGUUUUUUUCCCAGUUUUGCAAAACUAUUUAAUAUGCGUUUCUCGAAAAAAUUUUUAGUUUCAUUAUAAAAUUCCCUUCUUUCAUAAAUUAUUCACUGAAAAGCUUACACCUAAUAUCGUAUCUGAAGACUCAUUUUAAUAAUUGUGACGUUAAAGCUGACAAAAAUAUGAUUUAAAAAAGUAAUGACCUUUUUCUCCAAUAUAAAUUUUAUUAAUAAUAUUUUCCGUCCUUUUUCUUUUAUAAUUAUUGCCCGACAGUUUGCUCUUCUUCAAUUGGAAAAGAAAAUGUCGCAAAAUAGUUACUUUAUUUAAGCACAACAAGUGCUCAGCAAGUUUCUCUGCAUCAGAGACUUUAAAUACUAUUGUUAAUGUGUAAAAGAACGUGCUAAAUACCGCGGACUUCUGUAUUAGCAAAAAACUAAAAUUAAUACGUAAAUGAUAAAGUAAAUUACGUGUUACUCAUUGUUGUACAGUUCAAAAUGUUUUAAUAUUUUGUAUGUUAUUUUUCAUUAAUUAUGGAUUUGAAUAACGUCAUCAUUGUUUUUUCGUGUUUUUGCGGAAUAAAUUAAAUGAUGGUCGUUCUUUAUUGAAACUGUAAUCACUAUCCCAGGUAAUUUGUACAUGUAUCUCCUAGAGGCCGUUCAUAGAAUACGUUCGCAAACAGGGAGGGGGGAAUGUUGCUUAGCUUGACGAGUAUGGACAAAGAGGUAGGGGGGAGGACUCUAAAGAAACAUGACGUUCGCAGUUAAUCAAUUUUAUUUUAGUUCUUGGGUUUUUUAUUCUAUUUUCUCAUUUUAUUAUACUAUUAUCAAUCGUAACGAAUCGUUUACUUGGGAAAGUUUAGCUUUUGCGACGUAAUAUUUGUUAGAGGGUUGCAGAAAACAUGACGAGAGUUCGAAGAUCAGGAAGGCGAAAUUUUGAGUGACGGAUUUCAUAAACGGCCCCUUAUUUGUCGAUCAUAUUAAUAUUUUUUUUUUAAUUUGAAACCACGUAUCUAUAUGUUGUUUUUAAUAUUAACUCCAGAUUUGUUCUGUAAAUACUAAUCAAAUUUGUAUUUAUUUGCAAUAAAAUGUAUACUGAAAAUUCAAAAA